GUGGUAAAAGAGUAAAAUUUCACACAAAAAUUGUCCAAAGAAUCGUGAAAAACAAGUUUUUAUUCGAAUUUUAUUGGAAAUUGUCGAUGGUGUUUAUUUCCACGGUGCUCCUAAGUUUCACUAGUUCCCAUAGCAUUUGCACAACUCAAAAUUACAUAAUGUGCUGUUGAGAAUUUUGCCAUUUGUUUGUGUUCGAGUUGAAUAGCGAUUUGCAGUCCACAGUGAUAAAAUCGGAUUAUUUGGGGACAUUACCGAUCCGGUGGAGGCGGAACGGACGUGCCAGUCAGUAGAUUGGACCGCAUCGAGAUCGAUCGGAUGGAAGUGAAGACGGGAGAAAAUGUUGCUCCACAGGCGAAUGGACACGAAGCAAUUGCUGCUGCAGUUGCUGGUAAAAGUGGCAAGAAGAAAGCCAAAAGGAAAAAUAAAUCUAAAAAUAUCAUCACAAAUGCAAGUCAGGAAGAGCACCCUUGUGCACAGCAGGAGACGGAAGGGGAUGAUAAAAUUACGUCCAAGAAACAAAACGGUAUCACUCAGGAAGACCAGCAGGAGAACUCAGUUGAGAUUGUCUGUCAGAAGCUAGAGAAGGGCCUGAAUCUAGGCAAAAAUGGGAUGACCAAUGGGAGUGUAUCGGAAUCAGAAAACCAUCAAGUGGCCAAUCCUGAACCGGUAGUGACGACAGGGAAGAAGAAACACAAAAACAAACAGAAGAAUAAGAACCUGCCAGCAGUCGUUAGUGGGAGGGAACCCCAAGCAGAUCCUGCGAAAAUUAGCGAAGCCAGUAAACCUAAAGACCCGCCCACGAAAGAUAGAACCGUACUUCCGGCUAACGAACCACCGCCAGCUGCGCCCGAAGAGCCACCAAAGCCCACGAUCACGUACCAGGUGUACGAAUCGGAACUGCAGAUGCCCUGCAUAAUGUCGCUGAUCCAGAAGGAUCUCUCGGAACCGUACUCAAUCUACACGUAUCGGUAUUUCAUCCACAACUGGCCGCGAUUGUGCUUCCUGGCGUGGCACGACGAACGCUGCGUGGGAGCCAUCGUGUGCAAGCUGGACAUCCACCGGCAGAACGUCCGCCGGGGCUACAUUGCGAUGCUGGCCGUCGACAAGGACUACCGGAAGCUCAAGAUUGGAACGACGCUGGUGCAGAAGGCGAUUCAGGCUAUGCUGGAGGACAACGCCGACGAGGUGGUCCUGGAGACGGAAAUCACCAACCGGCCGGCGCUGCGGCUGUAUGAAAACCUCGGCUUCGUGCGGGACAAGCGCCUGUUUCAUUACUAUCUUAACGGGGUGGACGCCUUGCGACUCAAGCUGUGGUUCCGAUGAAUAGCGCCAUAACACGCGUAGAUUUGUAAGGGAAAGGACAGGCAUUUUUUGUAUGAAGGCGAUGUUGUAGAAUAUAUUGUGUGUGAGUGUUCAUCGGUACUAGAAGAUUGUGGUUUGGCGAAAUGGCAUUGCCGUUCCAUUCUUACUUUCGAUUCGAAGUCGAACUUGGGACGUUACCUUUGGGAAGCAAUGCUGGCAAUUUCAUGUUUAGGGACCUAAGGCCCAGUCCCAGAGCUGGUGGUGAGGUUUUAGGCUAAAGUCUAGAGGCGGUCGUUUUUAGCGCAGGUGAUACUGUAAUAAGGUUUGUAAUUUAUAUAACCGAAUCUUUCAUAGCAGCAAGUAUAAAUAUUAAUUGAUAUGUGUCAACCCGAAAUGGAUGGUAGAUUCAAAAGUAAUAAAUUAACAAUUUUACACUUAUUUAAAAUCAUCUUAAAUAAAAGGAAGAGAAAAAAAGAAAACUGCGCAACAGUGAGUCCAACAUACACGUACACGUACAGCCCAACAGCGCCCAACGCGAGGGCUAAAUAAUCGCAGGCGUAAGUGAGUCUGACUUACAACUAGUAAACCACAGAAAACAACCAAUCAGCAAACUAUUAAUUUAUAACAUAACAAACACACGCGUAUAUCAUUCUGUAAAUAAAGUUGAUCGUCGAAAGGCUGGCGUUCUUCUA